UGAGAGAGCGCGUUAUCGACGGACAAAUUAAGAGCUGAUGGAUGAACUCGUAUAGAAAGCUUGCCUCACACCGAGCUUGAAAACGGUGAAGGGUUGAAAGCCGGCUCUCCCGCUGCUGUAACCGGGAUAAACUGACACUUCCGGAGCGGGAACAUUCACCGGGGCACUGUUGGUCCAGUGGACACUUUAUUGCCACAGAGGAUGAGACAAGCUCUAUAAAAGCAAGAAGGAGAAAGAGAAGUGGACAGAUUGCAACAGCAGGAGUAGGAACUUUCUCUCACAGCUCGUCCUCCCUGUGACUUUUCUUCUCUCUGCUCUCAAUCGCCGUCACAGCUUCACCAAGAUGAAGCUGAAGGAGGACCUGAACCCCUUGCUGCUGCUCCUCUUCCACGUCGUGGUGUGGAUCUACACCUGCGUCACCUUCCUGCCUUACCACCUCUUCAGCUGGGCGUCGGUGCCCGUCGGGGGCGUCUGCGGCUCAGAGGAGGAGCGAGCCAAGAGGGCGAAGGCCCGCUCUGUGCUGGGAUGUCCCGAGGGGCCCUACAGAGCGGUGAGUGCCAUCAAGAGGCUGGUGACGUCGCUGCGCCCGGGAGUGGACACCCUGGAUAAGAUGUUUGAAUACGCGGCCACGAAGUUCCCGGAAAGAGACUGUCUCGGCACGAGGGAGGUGAUCAGUGAGGAGGACGAGCAGCAGAGCAAUGGGAAGGUGUUUAAGAAGGUAGUUCUGGGUGAGUACUGCUGGCGCUCCUAUGACGAGGUCCUCACAGCGGCGUCCCAGCUGGGCAGUGGUCUGGCAUCGCUGGGUCAGCAGCCGAAACACAACAUCGCCAUCUUCUGCGAGACGCGAGCCGAGUGGAUCAUAGCUGCCCAGGCCUGCUUCAUGUACAACUUCCCAUUGGCCACCCUUUACUCCACACUGGGAGGUCCAGCCAUCGCUCAUGGGCUGAAUGAAACUCAGGUCACCCACAUCUUCACCAGCAGAGAACUCCUGGAGACCAGACUCAAGGCUAUCCUAAUUGAAGUUCCAAGGCUGCAGCAUAUCAUUGUAGUGGAUGACACACCGACCUCAUGGCCCGGCUAUCCGCGUGGCAUCAGUGUCCACAACAUGGCUGCUGUUCAGAAACUGGGGGCCAGGCCUGAGAAUGCCGCACGUGAGCGUAAGCAGCCGCUGCCUUCAGACAUUGCAGUCAUCAUGUACACCAGCGGAUCCACGGGCAUACCAAAGGGCGUCAUGAUCUCCCAUAGCAACAUCAUCGCCGGCAUCACAGGGAUGGCUGAGCGGAUACCUAAUCUGUGUGAGGAGGACACCUACAUCGGCUACCUGCCUCUCGCCCAUGUGCUGGAGCUCAGUGCAGAGCUCGUAUGUAUUUCCCAUGGCUGUAGGAUCGGCUACUCCUCACCUCAGACUCUUGCUGACCAGUCAACCAAGAUCAAGAAAGGAAGCAAGGGAGACACCAGCGUCCUGCAGCCCACCCUGAUGGCAGCUGUUCCGGAGAUCAUGGAUCGCAUCUAUAAAAACGUGAUGACCAAAGUUGAGGAGAUGAACUGCGUCCAGCGAGCUCUCUUCACUCUGGCUUACAACUACAAGCUGGAGCAGUUCACCAAAGGAUACAGCACACCUCUAUGUGACAAGCUGGUGUUCAGGAAAGUUCGCUCUCUGCUGGGAGGUCGGACGCGAGUCUUGUUGUCGGGAGGAGCGCCGCUCUCCGCAGCCACACAGCGCUUCAUGAACGUGUGUUUCUGCUGCCCGGUGGGUCAGGGAUAUGGCCUGACGGAGACGUGCGGAGCGGGAACCAUCAGCGAGCUGUGGGAUUACAGCACUGGGAGAGUGGGAGGGCCGCUGGUUUGCAGUGAGAUAAAGCUCAAAGACUGGGUGGAGGGCGGUUACCGUAGCACAGACAAGCCACAUCCUCGAGGAGAGAUUCUGGUUGGUGGACCGAACGUAACCAUGGGAUACUACAAGAUCGAGGCUAAAAACCAAGAAGACUUCUUUGUGGAUGAGAACGGCCAGAGGUGGUUCUGCACGGGAGACAUCGGAGAGUUUCAUGAAGAUGGGUGCCUAAAGAUAAUUGAUCGUAAAAAAGACUUGGUGAAGCUGCAGGCGGGAGAGUACGUUUCCCUGGGAAAGGUGGAGGCCAUGUUAAAGAACUGCUCACUGGUCGACAACAUCUGCGCCUACGCCAACAGUGAUGAGACAUACGUGAUUGGCUUUGUGGUGCCCAAUCAGAAGCAGCUGCUCACUCUGGCGGACCAGUACAGCAUCCGAGGCUCAUGGGAGGAGCUGUGCAACAGCAAGGCCAUUGAGGAGCUGGCCCUCAAGGUGAUCACUGAGGCUGCAUUGGCAGCCCAGCUAGAGCGCUUUGAGAUUCCUCGCAAGAUCCGUCUGAGCCCGGACCCCUGGACCCCUGAGACAGGAUUAGUGACUGAUGCAUUCAAGCUCAAGCGCAAGGAGCUGAAAACACAUUACCAGGAUGACAUUGAGAGAAUGUACGGUGGAAAAUAACGGCGAGGACCAGCGCGUCUUUGUUCAUUCUCAAAGCACAGACCAACACUUGACUCAGAAACACUCCCAGUGCCCCUCUCACCCCUCCCGUCAGUUUUCUACUCCGUCAGUAAAAAAGAAAAAGCCACAGUGACAUAAAUCUGUGGUGAAAUAUUAAUGUUUGUAAGAAAGAUGCUGCAAUUUUCCCCUUUACUGUGCACAUUUGAACCUAUUCCACUGUGGAAGCCUUUUUGGUUUUGCUUGAAUUUGUAACUUAAGUCAAGCUGGAAAAAAUCAUACAUCAUACAUAUCCCUGUCCACUGCUGCAUUUCCCCCCUUUUUUUUUCUCGCCCAGGUGUGUGACCUCUCUGUGGAGAUCUUAUUGUUCCAGAUGUGAGUUAUGAAACAGAUGUGUGUGCUAGCUGCUGUCGUCUGUUGAACUCUCGAGCGCCACAGCAGAAGCUCAGGUCGGUCGGACGGGUUUGUUGCCUUGUUUCUUUGUGCUCAGCCACGAGACACUCAAGUGGUUGUGUUGGUCUCAAAAAUCUUUCCUGCAGUUUAUUAUCAUUCUUUGGGUUUCACUCUUUCACGUUCCUCCUCCUAGUCCCAACACUAAACACUCCUGCAGGUCAGGAGACGGUUAACGCUUUUGUUUCUUUUUUUCUUUUUUUUUUCUUAAAAUGUUUUGAGUUCUGUCAACGGUUUAUUUUUUCUGCCACCCACAGUCAGACUUUGACGCCCACGCUCGCGGGACGUCGCCCCCAUCAGCACAUCUUGAUACCAAAAGCACAAAGUCAUUUGAGGGCAAAUGAGAGCAGGUUGGUUAAAAAAAAAAAAAUACUAAGGCCAUAUCUGGUCUAAUAAUUUUUUAUUUUUUCAUUAUAAACAAUAAAGCUGUUGCUCCUAAUACGCGUAUGUGAAAAGAAAAGAAACAAAGAUGCACUGUUGUUUAGUCUAUUGAAUUUUCCUACAAAGAUAGAGUAUACUUUUCUACGUGCUGUACAGACCGCAGUGCGCACAAGAAUGCACAUUUACUCGCUUGUAUUACAGAUGAAAUUACUGUUGUAAUCAUUGUCAUGUUUGAUGAAUCAUAGUGCAAUAUGAAAAUGUAUCAUUUCAGUCCAAGUAAGGCGGUUGAUUACAGACAGGAGUAAAAUAAAACCCUCUCUGUGUGCGUGGGUGCACCAGUUGGAAAAAAUAGCUAAUUUUUUUAUAAGUGCAACUUCUGUGUGUGUUUGUGUGUGUCUGUGUGUGUGUGUGUGUGUGUGUGUGUGGCUAACAUUUAUUUUUGCAGGAUGUUGUUAGCAGUUUAAAGCCUUGUUAAAUUUUUCUUUGUUGUCCGCAAGAGUGUGACAGAGUGUGUGACUCAUUAUGUCCAUACACGGCACAAGCACGGCCCAGCCUCCCCUCGCAGCGCAGCACCUCUUGCCUUCUCUUGUGAUACUGCGUCGGCGUAAUUCUGAUUUUUAUUUCCUCCCGAGGUGUACAUACACUCUGCACGUGGAGCUGUGAUCAGCAGAGGAAGCUCAUGUCUAGCUUCUUGAUGUUUAACUCAGACUUUAUCAUCGUAGACCAGCUUAGGAGCUCCACUCCCUCUCUGCAUCGAGAGCCUGCCUUGUAACAUAAGUGCGUCCAAUUAUUUAUUUGUAAUUUUGCCUUUGGAAAAUACUCAAAUGAAGUAAAUAAAGAUUGUGUUUGGUCUA